ACAGCAGAAAAGAAAAUUGUGCGCAUUUGGUGCAAAUGCCCCGAAUGGAGGUCGCGCGCCCAUUGCCCCUAUUGCGGAUCGCAAACCCCAAGACAAGAGGAGCCCGCGGGAGAAAAAGCAAGUGCCUUUGUGUCGGCAGGUUCAAACCGGUGAGGAAUGGUGGUCAUGUGACGGGCGUUGUCCCAGGGCGGCGGCAUUCUUUGGAGGAGCCGACACUCGAGGUCGGCAGAAAAGGAAGCACGGCUUGGCAAGGGUGAGCUGGUCUUCUAAUCGUCUGCAGUCUGGAGAUAGUCCUCCGGGGGGUCGACUUGCAACUGUGAGUCCUAUUCAAAGCAUGCAAUCGCAGCCACGUAAAGCGGAUUAUAAAGAUGAGGCUGGAUCCUCGAUGGAUGGCAGUACAGGGACCUUUCACCACAAGUCAGCAUGUCUGAGCUCCUACUAUCGCACCGACACGACGAGCUGCGCAUCCCGCCCUCCGUGACACUAUCCGCCUGCACCAUGAGCUACGACGACAACAGCGACUCGCUGAGCCUCGACCAACCGGGCCAGUGGGAAGUGGAGGCAGAGGAACUCUGCCAGGUCCUGGGCAUAGGCCCCCCCGAGUACCUGCUCGGCUCGGACCAGAGAGGGACACACACCGCAUGGGGCUACGCCGUGCGGCUGGAGGCGACGUACCUUGCACCCCGGUACUGGUACACGUGGGAGAACCGGCACAAUGCCAAGGAGGCCACCGCGGAGGAGCUGGUCAGGAACAUCUACAAGAACUACUACAACUCGCAGCCCGAGCCGCCGCGGAAGAGGGCCAAGAAGAAGGGCUCCCACAGCAGGAAAUGAC